CGCAUCACCAGCAUCGCUGCGGAAACGGCAACGGAAACAGUCCUUUAACCAGAUCAUUCACGCCUACAAGAUGGAUAAGCGAAAGGAUAGGAAGAAGAAUGGUGGUGCAGCGCCUCAGGCGCGAAUUACCGACGAGCGAUUCGCCAGCUUCCAGACCGAUCCUCGAUUCCGGCUGCCGUCGAAGAAGCACAUGAAGACGACUGUCGACAAGCGAUUCGCGGGCAUGCUCAAGGACAAUGACUUCACGGCCACCGCUCGAGUAGACAAGUACGGACGCAAGAUUAAGUCGGAUUCUAAGAAGAAAGCCCUGCAAAGACUCUACCAGCUAGAGGAUGAGGAGGAAGACGAUGAAGACGACUCCGAUGAAGAGGAGGCCGACAAGCCAGCAAUGGGCAAGAAGAACGACGGAGAAGAGGACGAAGAUGACGAGGAGGAAGAAGAGGAAGAGGAAGAGGAUAUUGAGGUUGACGAUGACGAGAUCGUUGAAAGAGAGCUGGCAGCUGCUGCCAGGCCACGAAAAUUUGACCCCGCGCGAGAGGGAGGCUUCUCUUCCUCCGAAGACUCAGAUUCCGAUGAUGAUUCUGAAGAAGAAGAAGAGUUGGAUCUUGCUACCGGUGGCGAUAUGCAGCGACUAGAACGAGAGGAGAUCCAGACCGGAGAAGUUACGAAUCGGAUAGCCAUCGUCAACCUCGACUGGGACCACGUCAAAUCAACAGACCUGAUGGCCUUGUUCACCAGCUUUAUUCCUACCAAUGACAGUGGCAAGGUCCUCAAUGUUUCCGUAUACCCAAGCGAAUUCGGAAAAGAACGUAUGCAGCAAGAAGAGAUUGAGGGCCCACCCAAGCAGCUCUUUAAGAAGGGAAAGAAGGACGAAGAGUCUGACGACGAAAGCGCAUCUAACAGCGAAGCCGAAGAGGCCGCUAUCAAGAAGAAACUGAUUCAAGAAGGCGACGACCAAGAUUUCGACAGCGACGCCUUGAGAGCAUAUCAGCUUGACAGGCUACGGUACUACUAUGCCAUAAUGACCUGCUCAAGUAAAACCACCGCCCAAGCUAUCUACGAAGCAACCGACGGAACCGAAUAUCAAGCCUCAUCCAACUUCAUCGAUCUGCGGUUUGUCCCAGAUGAUGUUACAUUUGAUGACGAGCCUAGAGAUCAAUGCGACAAGGUACCCGAUUCAUACAAGCCCAUUGAGUUCGUCACCAAUGCGCUACAAAGCUCAAAAGUCAAGCUCACAUGGGACAUGCACCCUGAAGAGAUCAACCGCAAAGAAUCCAUCAAGCGAGCCUUCAAGGGGAGCAGAGCUGAGAUUGACGAACAAGACCUGAAAGCCUACCUCGCUGGUGACAGCGAUAGCGAAGAGGACGAAGAAGAUGAAGAUGCUGGCGACGCAGUUGCUGACGGCGAACCCAAGCUGUCCAAGAAAGAACUGGCUCGGCAAAAGAUGCGUGAGGCUCUUGGUCUUGCGGCUGAGCCAGAGUCUAAAAAAUCCAAGGAUGGCCCUGUGGGUGAAAUGGAAGUCACUUUCACUCCGGCUCUAUCAGGCGAGAAAGCCAAGAAGGACGAAAGGGAAGAGACUACAAUCGAGAAGUACGCCCGCAAAGAGCGAGAGAGGAAAGAGAAGAAGCGACAAGCUGCCAAGGCUAAGCGCGAAGCCCUUAAUGGCGACGACGGUGAAUCUGAUAGUGAUGUCCAUGUUGCUACUGGUGGUGGCGAGGAUGACGGCGAAGACCUUGGCUUCGAUGACCCCUUCUUCACCACUGAAGACCCCGCCCCUACAUCCAAGACAUCUAUCCGCAAGGAAGAGCGCCGCAAGAAGCGUGAGGCACGUGAAGCCGCCGAAGCCCGCGACGCCGAAGAAAAGGCCCAUCUGUCCAAGGUCAUGGCUGAGGACGCGAAUGACAACCAGGCGGACCAUCUUGACCACUUCGACAUGAAUGAGAUUCUGCGUGCGGAGAAGCAAAAAGGCAAGAAGGCCAAGUACCAGAAGAAGAGCAAAGAUGCUGCUGGUCUGCAGUCAGACUUCAAGAUGGAUGUCAAGGAUGACCGCUUCAAGGCUGUGUUUGAUAGCCAUGAGUUUGCCAUUGAUCCUUCUAAUCCGAAGUUCAAGGCUACGGAGGGAAUGAAGAAGCUGUUGGAGGAGGGCCGAAAGAAGCGGAAGACGCCCGGUGGUGCUGAUGAAGAGGAUAGACCGCGUGAAAAGAAGAGUAAGAAGGGACGGCGAUGA